AUGGCUAUUAACGCGGCUGGCCCAACAACACCACCGCGGUUGCCUACCACAGCACCAUCUGCACCUGCGCCCGCUCGACACACGAGCCGACAAAAGGCAAAGGCACCUCGCGUCAGAGCGGCCACCGAGAACGAGCUCGAGACCACCAAUAACGCACGCGAAGAGGCGGAAAACACGGAGUACCAACCGGACACAUACAUUACGAUGAUAUCAAGUGUACUAGGCCCGGUAGCGAGGAAGCUGGAAACACUUGGUGAACACGUGGAGGGGCUGAAUAACAAUAUCGGGACGAAUAACACCAAGACGCACGCACUCGAGAAACAAAUCAUGUCAUUCCUCACGACGGUCAAAAACAAUGAAGCCUUAACCAGAACACUACUAGAGGCCAGCAAAUGGAGCGAGACAUGCACGGCGGAGUUAUGGACAAGAAUAGUAAAGCUGGAGUCUCAGAACAACACACUCCUCGAGGUCAUCAAACAUAAUGAAACAACAAUGGCAAAACUAGAGAUGCAAAACAAAGUCCUCCUCGAGGCGGUUAAACAAUACGAAGUCAGAGUGGCUAAAUUAGAAGCGCAAAACAACUCCCUCCUUGAGACGGUGAAGAAAUCAGCAACAGAACAGGCCAAAACCACGGAGACUCCAUCUCGCAAACUUCGGAAACACUACAAACAUCCAUCGUCCUCGACCUAUCAAACACCCGCCGAUCGAGUGGAAGAUUUUACACAACUAAAAGAGAAGAUCAACUAG